AUGAUGAUGUUAAUUUUGACAUCUCAGUACAAUACGAUUGGACUUUCUGUGACAGAAUUUAAACAGUCGGAGCAGUUUAAGAUGCAUUUCGGCAUUCGAGACCGACAGUACUCAGGUAUCACACUUUCAGAUAGUGGCAUCAAGUAUGCUUUAACGCCUGAGCCAUUCCGGAGGAUGAGCAUCGAACAGGAAGAUGUUGUGAGCAGUCUGUUCUUGCUUCCCGGCGAUUACACAGUGGAACAAAAGCAGCGUUUCCUUCAGUAUAUGUUACAUUAUCUGGCUGCUUUGCAGGAAAAUAAGGUCGAAGUGCAUGUAUGA